GACGUCGUAAAGAAAAGAGAAAAGCAUGCCUAACUAAUCACACAACAAAAUAUAUAAAUAGAUGGAACCCUAUUUACAACAGUUGAAUGGCGUUAACAUAUCUCGACUGAAACAUAAUACAGCAGCGGACCUCUUUCGCCGGAGGGAAUCUUUUACAGAAUGGAGCGUUUAGUGAUUCUCAUCUGUGUCUGCUUUGUGACCACGACAGCUCAGAAUACGCUUUAUCAAGGUCCUGGAAGCCAACACUUCAACCCAGACUUUAUAGCAGCACUACAACAUCAGGCUCGUCCUGUUGCUGCUAGGUCUCGGCAUUACAAUGCUGUUUCUAACAGUCUUCAUCAGGACUUGAAGAUUCAUCAACUUCAGCUUCAGCAACAUGAGCAAGAGGUACAGCGCCAUCUUCAACAAGAAAACGAAGCUAUACGUGGGAAUUUCCAACCUACAAACCAGCAAGUAUAUCAGCAACAAGCUCUCACAGCUGCUCACCAACCUCAAGAUCAGCAAGAAUACUAUCUUGAACAGCAACAAGCUUUAAAAGAUGCUCAUCAGCCCCAGGAACUUGAUACUCCUAAGAACUACCAUCCACCAGCUCUUGUCCACAAAGUUAAUAUCGGCCCCAAACUCCAGGGUGAUUACGACUUUGUCUAUGACACCGGUAAGGGACCCUUCGGUCAGAGCUUCCGUACUGAAACCCGUCUUCCCGAUGGGACAGUAAAGGGCUCUUACGGUUAUAUAGACAGUGACGGUCGUCAGAGAACUGUGAAUUAUAUUGCCGGUAAAGGAGGGUUUGUUGCUGAAGGCGAUGUUGGUCCAGAUUACACAGCAGCGUGAACAACUGUCCGGCCUUUAGAUAAAGACUAAUAUUAUAUUUAUGUAUUUUCAUCCAAUAAACAUUUACUCCAGUUCAAAUACUUUAUAAUUUAAAUUGUUAACAUUAUAUAUAUGUUUCACAUUUCUAACAACAUAACAUGUUUGUCAGAAAUAUGUCACAUACAUCAGUGUUUACUUACGUGACUUACAUUUUGUGUGAAAAAUAACCGGUAUUUAGUAUUAUUUCUAUGGAGGAAAAAAAUGUGCGUUUUUUUCUGCUAUAUUAUGAAAAGAAAAUUGACAUAGUCUUAAUUGAUGAAGGUAUUUUGUCAUGUGAGCUCCAUUAAUACAUUUCGAAGAACAAUAAUAAGUGAGAAUACAAAACAUUCUUAACAGCUUUGUAUAUUUAAAACUUCCUGUUUUACUCUUAUUACAGGACAUAGGUCUCACUGUUAUCUGAUCCUAAUAACUGAGAUGAAUAAUUUUGCAGUAACUUCUGAGUAUUCGUUAUAUUAAUCUCUGUAUAUUUAAAAGGUGCCGAAAAGGUGCAUGUUAUAAAUCAGUGCUUGGCUUAAUAUGGUUUUGCUGUGUUUUGAGGUGAUAUUUUUAUAACCGUGCUGUAACUUUGCAGUAUCUGGCGAAUAUAGUUAUACCUUUAGAAUGUUAUUUCAAAAGAUCAGGUGCAGUAGAACGUGAUUAUGAAAAUAUUUUGCAGGAUUUUAAAAGAAAAGUUUAUUUGUAUUGCAAUAUAUAUAUAUAUCAUGAAGUUUCUUUUUCUGCAUAUUUACGUAAAAUCUGUAACACUAUUUUGAAAAUAAACAGCCGUUUUCAAGUUUUUGUAUAUUUUACCCAUAUCGUUAUCUGUUUCCCGAAAACAUAAGCAAGUAUUUGAUGAUAUAUAUAUA